AGGAAAUCAUAGUUCGCACGGCCACUUUUUUUUCCCGUCUUCAUUUUCAGCAUUUAUCCUGAAUCUCUGUACCAUUCUCCCCGCCGCCGGUGGACUUUCCGGCGAUCUGUUGUCUCUGAUCGCCAUUUCUCAUCCAUGGAGUAUGUAUUGGUUCUACUAGGGUUUGCGACAGUCCUUGCGCUCAAGGCCUGAAUCUUGGUCUAGCGUAUCGAUUUAGUGUUUAUGUUUCCUCCAUUUUGAUGAUUGAAUCAUCAUUUUAUCGAGUGCCUCAGUGUCGCAGUUUGAGGUUUUCCGGUGAUAGAGGUUGCUCGCUAGGGUGUUGAAUUUUUCCCUGUGUUCGGUUCGCCUUUGGGUUCGUUAGGGCGUUCAGUGAUUUCCGGCUAUGCCUCGGAGUUCGAGGCAUAAAUCGAGCAAGCAUAGUUCUAGGGAUGCGAGGGAGUACUCUGAUUCGGAGAAAGAAUCUACUUUGAGAGAGAAGAGGAGUAGUGCUAGGGUUUCGAAGGAAUCGGGUUCUGGUGACAAACACAAGCUUGAUAACAAGGAGUACUAUGAUUCUUUAAACGGCGAGUAUUAUCACGAGUACACUUCCUCGAAACGCCGCAAAGAGAAUACCGAAGACGACGGUGCUAGUGGUGGGUGGAUUGGCGGAGAUGAGGAUAGAGGGGAGAUUUCGAAGAACUCUAAGACUUCUAGUGAGAAGAGUAGGAGGAGAGAGGGCGAGGAGACGAAGAAAAGUGGUUCUAAGACUGAUGGGAAGCAUAGAGAGUCUAGUCGAAAGGAAAGCAGAGAAUUAGAGAAGGGUCGAGACCGAGACCGUGAUAGGAAGGAUAGAGAAGGGAAAGGUGAGAAAUUUCGUGAUGGCGAAGAUCGUUAUGGAUCCAAGGAGGCUUCUGGUAAAACUGAACACUCUAGGUCUGGUGAUAAGCUCUUCCGAGGUGAAAACGUGGCUUCAGGAAGUAAACAGAAGAACUCAAAAUUUCAGGACAAUGACCAUGAACAUGGGCAUGAGCCUGACAGGGAACAUGAUGGGCGUCGUGACCGUUCUCGUGAUUAUGAACACAGUCGGGGCUGUGACAGAGAAUAUGAUCGAAAUCGAGAUCGAGACCGUGAUCAUAAGCCUGAUAGGAAUAGGGAUAGGGAACGUGUCCGUGAUCAUCAUGAUUACGAGCGUGAUCAGUACCAUGAACGUGAUUGGAAACAUGAUCGGAGUAGAGAUCAAGAUCGAGACUGGGAUCAUGAUAGGGACAGGACCAGUGAUGGAGACAAAAACCAUAGUCUUGAACGAAGCAAAAGCGAACCUGACAGAGAUUUUGAUCAGGAUGUGCCUCAUCUUGAUUACCAAAGCGGUCAUCACAAGGAUAGUGGGGAAAGGAGGAGGUCUCCAGAUGAUCAUGAUGACUUAAGUGACAGCAAAUCUAGGACCAUUGCAGCUCAUGCAGGCAUGGAGACCAGAAGUGGCAGAUCACGACCCUCCAGUUCUCACGGGGCUCAAGAUGAUAUCGGGCAUAUUUUGGAUCAGAGACCAGAAGGGAUCUUUUCCAGGGACGCAGCUGAUCUAUCUGGAGGAUCAGAGGGAGGUUCUAAAUAUAGAGCUUCUGAGAAAACACCGAAGAUGGAGGAUUCUCUGGGUGAGUUGUCGGUCGAAAGGUCUUCCAGUACAAAAGCUUCGCCUCGGGGUUUAAUAGCAAAAUCUCCCUCUUGCACAAGUCUUGAGCGCAGAAACAUAAACCGAAGUGGUUCAGGGCCAAGUCUUGGUGUUGAAGAAACAAGCCAGAGGUCAGCUUACGGGGAUAAAUUAAGUAGGGAUUUACCUUGCGAGAGGCCAUUAGGAGAUGAUUCCUUGCAGGCAGAAUUAUCUUUUAGUAAUAAAACCCACCAGAGCAAUUCGUCUUUCCGACCACGCCCCGAAUCUAGGGGUGGAAUUGGCAGCCCUAUAGUGGGCUCGCUUGAAGAGAAUAGCAGGGUCAAUAUUGGCGGGCGCUACAAGAGGGGCGGUGCUAUUAAUAUGGGAAGAGGACAAGGAAAUGCAUGGAGGAACGCUCCAAACUGGCCUUCUCCAGUUCCAAACGGAUUCAUUCCAUUUCCACAUGGUCCACCUCUUCAACCUGUGAUACCUCAAUUCCCAUUUGGUGUUAGACCCUCAAUCGAAAUGGGGCAUUCUGGAAUUCCUUAUCAUAUGGCUGAUGCUGAGAGGUUCUCUGGACAUUUACCCUCACUCGGGUGGCAGAAUAUGAUGGAUGGAGUUGGCCCUUCUCAUCACAUGCAUGGGUGGGAUAUGAGUAACGAUGUUUUCAGGGAUGAACCGCUCAUGUAUGGAGGAGCCGAGUGGGACCAUGGCAGAAGGAUGCAUAGCCAGGGUUGGGAAUCUGGUGCGGAUGCAUGGAAAGCCCAAAAUGGCAACGCAAGCAUGGAUGUCUCAUCGAUCUCCCAGAAGGAUGAUCAGUCUGGACAAGCAGUGGAUGAUGAUGCUCUUGCUGGCCAGACAAGUCACUCCGAGAAUAACAGGGCGAAAAGCGUUGAAGCUGGGUCUAAUCUGACAUCUCCAGGAAACGACUUGCUGAUGGAGCCUCCGAAAAUUCUGGCCGAGGAGACAUCUGUUCAUCCUGUUGUGGAAACAGCAGAUAAUGCUGAGAAAUAUUGCCGUUAUUAUCUCGCUAAGAUUGAUAUAUCAGUAGAACUUGUCGGUGCGGAGCUUCAUACUGAGUGCAUGAGCUUAAUAAUGGAUGAACAAAGCCCGAUAGUUGGCGAUGGAUCUGCUAUAGUUAUAAAUCUUAAGGAUGAAGGAAAAGCGUUGCUAAGCGGCGAUUACACCACCAAAUUGUCGGCGUUUUCAUCGUGGCCUUGUGCAAACAGUUCGUUGUUUCAGAGGGCAAUGGAGAUGUACAAGGAGGAGAGAGUGGAGGUGAAGGGGCUUCAGACAAGGGCAAAGGAGGGAACAACUACUGAAGAAGAGGAGGAGAGUUGGAUGAAGGCAUCAAAAGCAAUGUCGGGUGAUGAUGAGGAGUCAGACAACUGUGCCUCUGAAGCCACCACGACGGGUUUACCCCGAGACCCGAAGGCAGGCCAAGUUACUGAGACGGAAAUUAUCGAGAAACCCGAGGAGGAGGAGGAGGAGGAGGAGGAGGAGAAGUCGAGUAGUUGUGGUGGGGAGGAUGCCACUGACAAGUUCGUUCCCGAAUCAGUAAUAAGUAGUCGGAUACAUCCUCAAACUACACUUUGAUUCUUCCUUUCUGUUUUCUCCCCUAUGCAUAUAUUUUUUCAUCCAAAUUCCCUUCUUCUCCCAUACAUAUAUAUAUAUAUGUAUGUAUGUAUGUAUGUAUGUAUGUAUGUAUGUUGUUUUCUAAAACACUAUUGGCUUCUUCUCCUAUUACUACCACUCGUGCGACCCUUCUCGCUCGUGUUUUAUUGUUU